AUGCGCUGUUGUGUGUGUCUGUUCAAGCAAAGCCUGCAGUGUUCUCCAUCCAAGAUGGCUGCGGGUGAAAACAGUAACAGAGCGCCAUGCCUAAAUUUCCCAAAUUGCGGACCUUUGGGUAAUGCUCAGCCGAGCAACAGUGCCCACUCAUCGCCCACAAGCAAUGGGGGUUCGAUGGGAUCCACCGAGGGUGCGUCUAGGGCAGCGGGGAACGCAAACACCCUAUCAGGCCCUGACGCUAGUGGAGGCGCCGAUGUUGCAGUACGAGCUUCGCCGAAUAUACAGAACUCGCGGCGGCAGUCAGCAAGUCAAAACGCCAUGGCUGCAUAUGCGCCAGCAGCCGCUGGAGGACCAGCCUCUGCAUCAAAUAUGACGGCUACAUCAGCCGCCACCUCAUCUUCAGUGGAUACGUCUGCAAGUUUGUCGUCGGUUCUCAACAGCACAGCAUCCUCUGCGUCUGUGUUGGUAUACCGUGAACCUGUUUACAAUUGGCAGGCCACGAAAAGUACGGUCAAGGAAAGGUUUGCUUUCUUGUUCAACAACGAGGUCCUCAGUGACGUCCAUUUUUUGGUUGGGAAAGGAAUGGGAGUGCAGCGAAUACCAGCGCACAGAUUUGCUCUCGCCGUGGGAAGUGCAGUAUUUGAUGCUAUGUUCAACGGAGGCAUGGCCACCACCUCGACGGAGAUUGAGCUUCCCGAUGUAGAACCAGCUGCAUUUCUCGCCCUUCUGAAGUUCCUGUACUCCGAUGAGGUCCAAAUAGGCCCAGAGACCGUGAUGACAACUCUAUACACGGCCAAGAAGUAUGCAGUGCCUGCUCUAGAGGCACAUUGUGUAGAGUUUCUCAAGAAGAAUCUACGAGCAGACAACGCAUUCAUGUUACUAACACAGGCAAGACUAUUUGACGAGCCCCAGCUGGCCAGCUUGUGCCUGGAGAACAUAGACAAGAACACUGCAGAUGCCCUUGCUGCUGAAGGCUUCACUGACAUUGACCUUGACACCCUUGUAGCGGUCCUGGAGCGGGACACACUGGGGGUGCGGGAGGUGCGUCUCUUUGCGGCCGCCGUGCGCUGGGCGGAGGCCGAGACCCAACGCCAGCAGUUCCAGCCCACCCCAGAGAACAAGCGUCGGGUCCUGGGCAAGGCCCUGUCCCUCAUUCGCUUUCCUCUCAUGACCAUCGAGGAGUUCGCUGCAGGUCCAGCUCAGUCAGGCAUCCUCACAGAUCGGGAAGUAGUCAGUCUGUUCCUGCACUUCACCGUGAAUCCCAAACCUCACGUGGACUUCAUCGACCGACCCCGCUGCUGCCUGCGGGGCAAAGAAUGCAGCAUCACACGCUUUGGUCAGGUCGAGAGCCGCUGGGGAUACAGUGGGACCAGUGACCGGAUCAGGUUCUCAGUGAAUCGCAGAAUAUUUGUGGUUGGAUUUGGCCUCUAUGGAUCUAUACAUGGCCCUACAGAUUAUCAAGUGAACAUACAGAUCAUUCACACCGACAGCAACACAGUGCUUGGUCAAAAUGACACUGGUUUCAGCUGUGAUGGGUCUGCAAGCACAUUCCGUGUUAUGUUCAAGGAGCCUGUGGAGAUCCUUCCUAGUGUCAACUACAUCGCCUGUGCCACCCUGAAGGGACCAGACUCGCACUAUGGAACCAAAGGUAUGCGUAAAGUCACCCACGAAGCCCCAGCCACAGGCACCAAGACCUGCUUCACAUUCUGCUACGCCGCAGGCAACAAUAACGGAACAUCAGUGGAAGACGGACAGAUACCGGAGGUCAUAUUUUAUACAUAAUGUUGGAUUGACUAUGUUCUUUAAGGAAUAGCUACUCAUUCACAGUCACAUGCUAAUUCGAUGUACUUCAGGCCUCCCAGGAGAGAUCAGUGACCAAAACCAGUAUUUCAUUUCUUUUGUACUCUGCAUUGAUAUUUCCCCCCACUACAUCAUCUGCAGAGCAUGAUUUAAAAGAGUCCAGUUUGAAUGGAGAUGCUGUAGUUUACAUUAGGGCUAGAUCCUGAAGUUUCAGAGUCAAGACUGCUGAUUGAGGGGAGACACUGAAUGAAUUGAAGAUGGCAAUCACAGUUGCUUAACACAUUGUAAGGUGACAAGCAAAUAUUUGAUAGUUGAAACUAAAUACUGUUUUGCCUCUGGUUUAGAUGUGAUUUAAUUCCUUGAAUGAUAGCACUUCAAGUCCCAACAACUCUAAAUCAAUUCCUAGCUACUAAGUCAAUGUUUCAGUUUCAUUAGUCGCACUGAUGCACUUUUGGUCUAGUCCAACGCGGCUAGCCAUGCAUGUUAUGGCAUACGAUGCAGGAAAAUACCACACUAGAUAUUUUCACUCAGCUGUUCACCUUAUAAAUGGACUGUUGCACAUCUCUCCAAAGAACCUGCAUCAGGAAUGUCAAGACAAGUCGAAGGACAACUCUUUCAGUUCAGGAUUUUGUGGGCCAUUUCUUCUGAUGGUUGUUUGCACAGGAUUGAACCAUAUCAUUUGGCAAUUUUACUGUUCUACUAACCGAGUACUUUUCCCCUGUACUUGAUUUACCUGCUCUUUUCAGGGGCAUAUUCCAAGUAUGUGGCUUAGUGACAACCCUGGGUGAGUUAAUUCAGAUUAAGUUGUAAACCUAAUAGAAGCAAUCAAAGCCAUAUUGCUCUUUUUUUCAGAAGGUUUAACACUUUCUCGGGGUGUUUACUAAACCACAAACUUGAUACACCCCGCAGACGUACUGUGUUCUGAGCUUGUUGAUUGUAUACUUUUGAGGGUGAACAGAAAUGUCUUAGAAUGGGAAGGGCGGGGAUGGUCAGGAAAUUGAAUGUACAAUUACUUAUUUGCCAAUGUAUAUGUUACUGGUACUUUAUACAUUUUAAAUUCAGUUACUUGUAAGCAUCUGUAAAUAAAAUUCAUGUUUGCAUACAUGGAACCAAACCACCAAAGUAAUGUUAUUCACUUGGACCAUCUAGUAUAAUAAUUCCAUGUUUGUAUACUUUCAUUUUAAAUUUCAUGGAAACAAAAUGAAUACAAAAUAAAACUGAAAAUUCUGUGAUGGUGA